AUGUCUGACGCCGAGAAGGAUCAGGUUGCCCAGGAGCAGCCCGCUGAGGAGGAGACGCCCGCCGCCAUCGAGGCGAAGGAAGAGGAGCCGGCCACCGCGGGCAAGAGGAGCCGCGAGGAGGAGCAGGAGGAGGACGACGAGCCCGCAACGAAGAAGCCAGCCGUCGCUGCCGACGAAAAGGAUGCGAGCCCUUCGGCCGUUGACGACGCCCGGGCGCGGGCGAUGGCGAUCGCGGCCGCGUACCAGGCGCCGCAGGGUGGCGCUGGGGGCGACGCUGGUCCUGCCGAGCAACCCGACGCGGACGCGGCUGCCGGCGCUGCCGGGGCGAACGAGAAGGUUAUUUACGUCUCGUCCAGUAUGAUCGGCAAGGUCAUCGGCAAGGGCGGCGAGAACCUGCGGCGCGCCCAGGCGAUGUCAGGAACUCGGAUCGACGUUGAUCAUGAGGACACCGAGGGAGCCCAGCGUCGCGUCACCAUCAAGGGCGCCACAGCCGAGGCCGUGGCGAAGGCCGAGGAAAUCAUUCACGACUAUUCCCGCGAGGGCACGGGCGAAGGCGAUCUAGAGGAAUUCAUGCCCUGUCCCAAGGAGAUGGUGGGACGCAUCAUCGGACGCGGCGGCGAGACCAUCAUGACCCUGCAGCGCAUCACGCGCUGCAAAAUCGACAUCAAGCAGGACAUGCCGGAGCCCGAGCCUCGGCAGAUUCAGCUGCGUGGGCCCGCCUCGGCCGUGGGCGAGGCCCGGCACUGGCUGGACAAGCUCCUCGGCGACCCCAGCCUCGCGCCCGUCCAGGAGCUCAUGAAGUACGCCAUGUCCCUCGGCGGCUCCGCGCUCGCCGGGGAGGGCGCCGGCACGCGCAUUGUGCCGUGCCCCAAGGAGAGCGUGGGGCGCAUCAUCGGGCGGCAGGGCGCCACGAUCAAGGACCUGCAGGCGCACUCCGGCUGCCGCAUCCAGAUCGACCAGUCCACGGAGCCGUGCAGCGUCACCAUCACCGGCCCGCCGCAGGGCCUGGAGCGCGCCGCGCGCAUGAUUGAGGACGUCCUCAACGGGGUGCGCGGCGUCGUGCCGCCCGCGGGCGGGUACGGCGGCGGGUACGGCGGCGGGUACGGAGCGCCCGGCGGGUACGGCGGCGGGUACGGCGGCGGGUACGGCGCCCCGGCCGCGGGUGGCUACGGCGCUCCGGCGGGCGGCGGCUACGGGGGCGGGUACGGCGGCGGGUACGACCAGUACGGCGGCGCCGGCGGGUACGGCGCUGCGGCCGGCGGGUACGGCGGGGGCGCCGCGGGCGGGUACGGCGGGUCGGCCGGCGCCGCGGGCGGGUACGGCGGCGGCGCUGGCGGGUACGGCGGCGGCGGGGCCGCGGCGGGCGGGUAUGAUCCUUCGGCGUACGGGCAGGGCGGCGCCGCUCCCGCUGCGGCGGCGUCGUCUGUCUGGCAGACUUGCAAGGACGAGUACGGCCGGACCUACUACUACAACUCGCAGACGCAGACCAGCCAGUGGGAGAAGCCGGCGGGGAUGUAG